UUAUUGCUGUGAUUAGUCUUUAAAGUUGUCAUGGGAACACCUUUAUCGUGACGGGAAUACCUUUAUUGUGUAGAAACGUGACCGGAAGUUGUGCUGCGAGCUGGCCCACUGCUCUUUUUGUAUUUUUGCACAAUGGACGAAGGAGGUGAAGAUGAGACUACGUUUGUCGUGGAGGACGUAACCAAGUUAAUAAAAGACUCCAUAGAAACAACCAUCGGUACGAGCUCUUACCAACACAUCCGGGUGAACCAGUGGAGCACCACCAUUGUGGAGCAGUGCCUCAGUCAACUGUGCAAGCUCGGAAAGCCUUUCAAAUACAUCGUCACCUGUGUCAUCAUGCAGAACAACGGGGCGGGGCUGCAAACGGCCAGCUCAUGCUUCUGGGACAACUCUACUGAUGGAAGCUGUGCAGUAAAAUGGGAGAACAAGUCCAUGUGCUGCAUUGUCAGUGUUUUUGGCUUGGCCAUCUAAAUAUUAAACGUGUUUGGCUGCAUUUCGAAACGUGUUCGGCUGCAUUUCCAUGGUCGUAUGAUUGACAAUUGAAUAAAAUGAGCCAUUUGUGCUUUAUUAUUUUCCAAGUGA